GUGGCAAACGUCCAAAGGCCCCAACAUUUUUUGAACUAUAUCAACAGUGUUAAUAAUUACUGCACAUAUAUAUGUUUCUUAUAACAAAAUAUGACGAAUAUAAUUGAAGUAUUCUGUGAGUUAUAAAGGAAAAUCUAAAAAAUGUUUCAUUGUCCCAGGUUUCCCCUACUGUUACAGGAUGUGAGCGCUUGUUCCAGCUGUUCUGCUCAUCACACAGUUAAGUUACUUGGUGCAGGUGUUUGCAGUGACAGGCUGCAGGUGCACGAUGCUGAACCAUCACUGUGACGUCCAAUCAGCUGCGGGCUGAGGAGAUUGGAUGACGAAAGUGUUUUUCCUCUCGCACCCUUGGAUACGGGAGCAGGCCGACAGAUCUGCAGCUGCUUGUGUUCUGAGGAGUUUAUCAGUGAUGGAAAGCCUCCGCUGCUUUGAAAACCGCUUCUCCGACUACAGAGGCUUGCUGCUGCCGGCUCAGGGAGCUCCGGCGGUGGUACCAGCCAUCACCGCCACCGUGGAUAAAAUCCUGAAGAAGGUCCCCAUCGACAUCAGUGAGCAGGAUGGAGGGCUGUACGACGGCCCGGCCGGGGUGGCUUACAUGCUGUAUCACGUCAGCGAGUGUCCUCUGUUCUCCGAGAAGCGGGAGGGCUACCUGAAGACGGCCAAGCAGAUCAUAGACGUGUCGGUCAGAUACGUGGACGCGGAGCCGGACAAAAACAUGCGUGCCGCCUUCCUGCUCGGCGGGGCGGGCAUCUACGCUGUGGCCGCGAUGAUAUACAAGUCCAUGGGUCUGGCUGAUUUCGUUAAGCCGCUCACCAAAUUUCGCAACAUGUGGGAGGUGUGUGCGCCGAUCAGUUUCCUGGAGUGCGGCUCGGAUGAGCUGUUUGUGGGGCGGGCUGGGUACCUGUGUGCAGCCCUGGUCCUCAAACAGAGGCUGGGCAUAGAGAUUCUGAGCCAGUAUCAAAUCAAAUCAAUCUGUCAGGCCAUCAUCGAGUCAGGAAAACAGUACGCCAAGAGGAAGAGAAAGCCGUUCCCCCUCAUGUACUCGUACUAUGGAACAGAGUAUCUUGGUGCAGCCCACGGCCUCUCAUCGGUGCUGCAGAUGCUGCUGAGCUACCAGGACGUGCUCAGUCAGGCAGAGAGAGACCUGGUGUGGCAGAGCGUGGAUUUCCUCAUGAAUCAGGAGCAGAACUGUAACUGGCCCGCAGAGCUGGGCGCCAUCAUCCAGAGAGAGAACGAGCUGGUGCACUGGUGCCACGGGGCCCCGGGUGUGGCGUAUCUUUUCGCCAAAGCCUAUCUGAUCAAUAAGAAGCCGCAGUAUUUGGACACGUGUAUCCGCAGCGGGGAGCUUGUGUGGCAGAAAGGUCUGCUGAAGAAGGGACCUGGGAUUUGUCACGGAGUGGCAGGAAGCGCUUACGUCUUCCUCCUGCUCUAUCGGCUCACAGGCCACUCCAAAUACAUGUACCGUGCUCAGAGGUUUGCAGAGUUCCUCUUCACUGAGGAGUUUAAGUCCGGCUCCUGCUCGGUCACCAGUGUCUACAGUCUGUUCGAAGGCCUGUCAGGGACGGUUUGUUUCCUGGUCGACCUCCUGCAGCCCGACUGGUCGGAGUUCCCUCUUUUUAGCGUCUUUGUGUGAAUGGAGCCCGGCUUACUGCUGUUCACUGACCUGAACAGACACUGCUCCCUCCCUCUGAUUCCUCCACAGCUGGAUUGGUGGAAGCAUUAAGCACCUGGAUUGAAGCUGUGAUCAGAGUGGGCGUGGAGGGAUGGAUGGUAUUUGUUUGGGAUUUAGAAAAUCACAUGUGAGUACAGUUGCAGUAGAAAAAUCUUGUGUUGUGUCUAUGCUGAAGUGGAUGUUCAGCCUCAAGGCUUUACCAGAUUCACACCAAUUACUGAAACAUUCCCCAUUUCAAUGUACAGCGUACUACUAAAGCUGAGGUUUUCAAACUGCUGGGCAUGAAGCGAAGAUACUGCAUGAGAUGAAUUUGAGUCAAAACUGAGUCAAAGUCAAAAGACACACAUAUUUUUAGAUAUUGUGACUUACUCUUCUCGAGAACUUAAUACUUGUAUCAACCUGGCCUCCUAAAAAUGAUGUUGUCCUACAACAAAACUGCAUUGUCAAUUAUGUUUCAAGGUAGAAGCAUUACCUCCCAGCUUAUGUUUAUCUUUGAAAUAUCACAACUAUGUUUUAAAGCCAAAAUAAGUCCACAUAGCGAAAAGAACAGGGUGGAUGGGUAGGUCAAACAAACACAGGACUUUGCUUAUACAGGCUAAAUCCAUUGCACACCACUGACUGAAAAUUGAAACAAAUACAGGCCAAAAUAUAUUAAAAAUACAUCUUAAGCAAGUGGCAACCUCCAGGGCUUAAAACAAACCAAACAAUACAGAAGCACCAAAAAACUGCAGUUCCUCGACUGGCCACUUGAGGCUCUCUGCAAAUUUAUUUUCUCAUAGACCCCUAUGUUAAAAUGCCAAACUUUACAGUGGAGAUAAACAGAUUUUGGUACAAAAAACUGUUUUUAUCUCUAUUACUAAAUACCUAUUCAUGACAACUUUAUGAGAGGAUGCAUUUUUAUAUAACUCACCCAUAUAAAUAAUAUUAAGGAUUAAAGUUAUGCAUAAUUAAGUGCAUGGGCACUUUGAGUGGCAGGUGGGUGCUGUCACGUGUGGUGUGUUUGAGCAACCAGUGGACUUCAUUUGCAGUCCAGGGAGUAGAGUUAUCUCAAUUUCAUCUGUCAGUCUUUGAAAACCCCUCAGCUUUGGCAGUUUUUAAGAGGUAAUGCUGAGUGAUGAUUAAAGCUGCAGCACUUAAAGAUGAAGAAGAAGCUGCUCUAAAGUCAGAAAGAAACAUGCACACAUGCCAUUUAACAGCUAUAAUAAAUUGCAAUUGCACCCAAAAGAGAAAAACAAGUGUCACAUAAUGCCUUUAAACAUUUUUCUAUUGCUUCACCAGCUCAGCUUUGACCUUAAGGUUAUGUCUUUAGGGUAAUAUUGUUGUCACAACCUUAAGUGAUAAAUAUAAUGGAGAGAUUUUGAUACUGAACUUGAGGUACGACCUGGUGGAAACAAGUGCAGAUUAGGAAUGUCUUUUCAGUAGUCUCACUUUGUGCAAUAUGACUUCCAAUAAACUGUGUUAGUUACUGUAUGGGAUCCUUUAGAUGUUCAAUACUUUAUGUGUGAUUUGUUAUUACUUUUAGCCUGUUGAAUAAAUGUCAGACUGCAGGUCAAAAGAGU